AAUACUUCUUAUUGUGAAACUUAUAUCUUAAGUUUUUCCCGCAUGAAAUUACUCGAUUUAUACACGCAGUUCUGAACAUGCUCUAAGCAAUGCAAUGUCGAUUCUUGGGGGAAAAAACGUAAACAAACCUCGAUUUCACCGGAAGUUAAUAUUAUCCAAUGAAAAUGUUGUAAAUUAACUCUGCGAGACUGCAUUUUAAAAAAGCAAAGGAAAUAUUUGCGUGGUUUUUGGAAUUAGAAUUCAUAUAGUUUUUCUCUGGAGAAAAGAGAGAGCAAUCCUCAGUCAUGGAUUUUAUGGAAGACCAAGCUGAGGAAUCUGAUGUAAGUUCUGAUGAGGAGGGAGGUCAGUCUGAUGCGUCGGGGUCAGGGGGUGAAUCGGGAGGAAAGUCAAAAGUGAAGAAAAAAACAAAGAAGAAAAGCCGACAGAUCAUCUCCGACAGUGAGGAGGAGGAGGAAGAAGAAGAUGAGGAACAGAUCAGGAAAGAAAUGGAAGGGUUUAUCAAAGAUGAGGAAGAGGAGGAGGAAGAAGAGGGUGAAGAAUCGGGGAGUGAGUCAGGGAAACGGAAACACGAAGACUCUGAGUCAGAUGAUCAGCUGGAAGAGGAGGACUACGACCUGAUUGAGGAGAACUUGGGGGUCAAGGUCAAAAGAAAGCCAAAAUUGAAAAGAAUUCGCAUGGUGUCAGACGAGGAGGACUCUGAUAAAGAGGAAAUGAACGAGGAACGUGAGAGGGAUGCUCUAGCUGAUGAAUUGUUUGACGGCGAUGGUGAUGAAUCCGAGGCGCCACGGGAGAGAGUUAGUAACGAGUUUGAGAGCCUUGAUGUGGACGAAGAGGACGAUGAAGACGACAUGGAUAAUUUUAUUGUUGACGAAAAUGGGGAACCUAUUAAACACAGACAGAAGAAAAAGAAGCAUAUCAUCCAUUCAGACUCAGCAUUACAAGAGGCUCAGGACAUCUUUGGUGUGGACUUCGAUUUUGAUGAUAUUGGGUACGGAGAGGAAGAUGAAUUUGAAGAGGAAGAUGAGUAUGAUGAUGAAGACGAGGCGAGACAGAGACCUAAGAAAGGAAGCAAGAAAAAGAGUCUAAAGAAGACGAUAUACGAGGCUUUCGAACCAUCCGAAAUUGAGCGUGGAUUCUUCACAGAUCAGGAUAAUGAGAUUCGAAUGACAGACAUGCCUGAACGAUUUCAGCUGCGUCAGGUCCCGGUAAAACCGACAGAGGAAGGUGAGGUUGAGGAAGAAUCAGAAUGGAUAUAUAAACAGGCCUUUUCUACACCCACAGUCUCACAGCAGAACUUGCUGGAACAAGAAUCUGGUACUUACAAUCGCCGAGGACCCAGUAUGAUCAACAAAAUCAAAAAAGCCAUCGACUUCAUGAGAAACCAGUAUUUAGAGGUUCCCUUCAUUGCUUUCUACAGAAAAGAAUAUGUAGAGUCUGACCUCAACAUCAAUGAUCUCUGGAAAGUUUGGCAGUGGGAUGAGAAGUGGACUCAGUUAAGGUCAAGGAAGCAGAACUUGAUAAAGUUGUUUGAGAAGAUGCAGAACUAUCAGUUUGACACAAACUCUGACCCAGACAAGGUCUUGGAGUCCAAUGUACGUCCACUAACAGACGAGGAUUUAGACAGAGUUAGGAAUGUGCAAACGAUGGAGGAACUGAAAGACGUGUAUCAACAUUUCCUUCUCUAUUAUGGUAUGGACAUUCCAAAAAUGAAGAUGGCUCAGAUGAAGAAAAAAUCUGAGGGUGAAAAGGAGGAGGGUGAAACUGAACCAGAACAGGAUCUGGAGCAGUCGGAUACCAUCAAACACGCCACUCGAAAAACGGGCUACAACAUUUGUCAGGAGAAGAAAAUUGAUGAUAUUGCUGAGAAGUUUGGACUGACCCCAGAGCAGUUUGGUGAGAAUUUGCGAGAUAAUUACCAGAGACACGAUGUGGAACAGUAUCCUAUAGAACCACUGGAGCUAGCCCGGGAGAAAGUCUGUGGUCAAUUUCCCACAGAGGAGGAAGUGUUGUUAGGGGCACGUCACAUGGUGGCCAUGCAAAUUUCCCAUGAUCCCACAGUUCGACAAGUCGUGAGACAGGCUUACUACGAAAGGGCAAAGAUCUCAGUCCAACCAACCAAGAAAGGAAUGAAGGAGAUAGACGAGUCACAUUCUUGCUUCAGCAUGAAGUAUCUAAAAAACAAACCUGUUCGAGAUCUCAAGGAUGAGCAGUAUCUCAAAUUGGCCAUGGCAGAAGAGGAUCGUCUGCUAACAAUGUCGUUCUGCAUUGAUGAGGAGUCGGGGAACACACAGACUUAUUAUGAAGAAAUCAGACAGCUUUAUUACAGGGAUGAGUUUAGCCACCUUGUCCAGCAGUGGAAUCUCCAGAGAAGCCAGGCUCUCGAGCGCGCCCUAAUGAAGCUGUUGUACCCACAGAUGGAGAAAGAACUCAGAGCUAAACUUUUAUCCGAGGCCAAAGAUGGCAUUGUGAAGGCAUGCUGCAGGAAGCUGUAUAACUGGCUUAAGGUGGCACCGUACCAGGCUGAUCAACAGCUGGAGGACAAUAACUACGAGGAGGAGGGCUUGCGUGUCCUCGGGAUCGGCUACUCCACCGACCGAGACACAGCCGCCUUCGGAGUCCUUAUCGACCCUGAGGGUCAGGUUACAGACUUCCUGCGGCUCGAGUACAUUUGUAUGCGGAAAAAUGCAUUCAGGGAAGUGGAUCGCAAAGGAAAGGAAAAUGACCUUGCGAAGUUGAAGGAGUUUAUUUCAACCAAGAGGCCCCAUGUGGUUGCUGUAACAGCAGAAUCUAAGGAAGCCUUACGGAUUGUGGAAGAUGUUCAGCGGAUUAUUCAGGAACUUACAGAGGAAGUGGAAAUGCCAGCCAUCAAUGUGGAGUUAGUUGACAAUGAGGUUGCCAUGGUUUAUGAGAACUCCAACAAAGGACAGGGUGACUUCCGUGAAUACCCCGUCGUCCUGCGGCAUGCUAUUUCUAUAGCUCGUCGCCUACAGGAUCCACUUAUCGAGUUUGCCCAGUUGUGUAACACUGAUGAGGACAUUCUCUGUCUGAAAUACCAUCCUUUCCAGGAUCAGAUUCCCAAGGAUGUUUUAUUGAAUGCUCUGACACUGGAAUUUGUGAACCGUGUGAAUGAGGUGGGCGUGGACAUUAAUCGAUCGCUGGCUCAUGCCCACACGGCACCCCUGGUACAGUUCGUGUGUGGGCUGGGACCCAGGAAGGGUACAUAUCUGCUGAAAAUCCUCAAACAAAAUAAUAUUCGACUGGAGAAUAGAACUCAGCUUGUCACACUGUGUCACAUGGGUGCCAAAGUGUUCGUAAACUGUGCGGGGUUCAUCAAAAUUGACACGUUCAGCCUAAUGGAUAGCACUGAUUCCUAUGUUGAGGUUCUGGAUGGUUCUCGAGUACACCCUGAGACGUAUGAAUGGGCUCGUAAAAUGGCAGUGGAUGCACUGGAGUACGACGAUACAGCAGAGGAUGCAAACCCAGCAGGUGCCCUGGAGGAAAUUCUUGAGAGUCCAGAGAGACUGAGGGACCUCGAUCUGGAUGCAUUUGCUGAGGAGUUAGAGCGACAGGGUUUCGGAGACAAACAUAUCACAUUAUAUGACAUCCGAGCAGAACUAAACCAUCGCUACAAAGACCUCCGUACCCCUUACCGAUCCCCCCUCAAUGAGGAGAGGUUUAACAUGAUCACCAAGGAGACACCCGAGACGUUUUAUGUUGGUAAACUGGUUCUUGGGAAGGUGAUUGGCAUUGCUCAUCGUCGCCCACGAGGAGAACAACUGGAUCAGGCUAAUCCAGUCCGGAACGAUGAGACCGGACUCUGGCAGUGUCCAUUCUGUAACCGUAGUGAUUUCCCAGAACUUAGCGAGGUGUGGAGCCAUUUUGAUGCCGGAAGUUGUCCAGGCUCAGCAGUUGGUGUGAAAAUUAUACUAGAUAAUGGAGUGAGUGGAUUCCUACACACAAAAAACAUCAGUGAUAAACACAUAAAGAGUCCAGAGGAACGAGUCAAGACGGGAAUGACAAUACACUGUCGAAUCACAAAGAUCGACAUCGACAGGUUUCAGGUGGAUUUAACCAGUAAAUCAUCAGAUCUCAUGGACACAGACAACCACUGGAGGCCUCCCAAAGACCUAUACUACGACCAAGACCAAGAGGAUAAAGACAGAGAAAAGGAGGAAGAGAAAGUGAAACAUAAAGCCAGACAAUCUUAUGUGAAAAGAGUCAUCGCUCAUCCUUCUUUUCACAAUGUGGGAUAUAGGGAGUGUGAGAAAUUACUGGAGAGUAUGGAUCAAGGAGAGGCCAUCAUUCGACCCAGCAGCAAGGGGUCAGAUCACCUGACUGUGACAUGGAAGGUAGCUGAUGGCAUUAUGCAGCACAUCGAUGUCAAGGAGGAGGGGAAAGAAAAUGCCUUUAGUUUGGGCACCUCCCUUAUCAUAGGAUCAGAGGAAUUUGAAGACUUGGAUGAAAUCAUUGCCCGCCACAUCCAGCCAAUGGCAGCGUUUGCACGUGACGUGAUGAACUUUAAAUAUUACAAGGAGACAGAUGGCGUGAAACGGGAGAUUCUGGAGAAGAGUUUGUUGGAGGAGAAGAAGAAAGGACCAUCAAGGAUUCCUUAUCUCCUGUCUCUGGUAAAGCAGUACCCGGGGAAGAUUCUCCUGUCGUAUAUGCCCCGCAUUAAGCCACGGCACGAGUAUAUAUCUAUCACGCCAGACGGACUGCGCUACCGACAACAAAACUUCCACUCUCUGAACUCUCUGAUGCGAUGGUUCAAGGAACACUUCAGGGACCCCAUCCCAGGUACCCCUGCCAGUACCAGAACCCCAGUACCAGGCUCUAACUUUGCCACACCUAGCAUCAAUCUCCAAGGUGUUGACGCAGCAACAAUCCAUAGAGCUGCCGCUGGGUUGCCUAGCAACAUCUACAACACAUUGGCCCAGGUUGCUAGUGCCACACCUCGGGUAGCGAGAAUGACGCCGGGAGUCACACCAGGGGCAACCCCACAAGUUGCUGGGAACUUCAAUAACUUUAAUGUGCCGAUGGGAACGCCCUUGAUGACCCCUAUGAUGACUCCUUCACAUCCCAUGACAACACCUGCCAAUCAGCCUGCCCAGACCCCCUCCUAUCGCCCCACCCCACGGGCUGCCACUACUCCUGCCUGGCCUGGAGUAACCCCCAAAGCUACACCUCGAAUGGGUUCUACAACUCCCCAACAUCAAGGACAGACUCCAAGAGCAGGACCUAGCACAGCAGGCAUGGACUGGGCCAAAGCUGCCCAGAUGUGGGCUAAGAGAUCGGGUUCCACGAAGCCCAGUACACCAAGGCAUGGACAGAGCCCACGGGGAGUGAGGCCCUCCCCCCGGCCCAGCCCCAGACAUGAGGGAUAUACUGCAGGAGAUUCCACACCAUUGUUUGAUGAACGAUGAUCCUGAGAAUGUACAUGAGGGAGAUUAGUACAUAAGAAGUUUUUAUUUAUGUAAAAUCAUCAACAGAUGGGACUGAGAGCUCUCUUCCUCCCUGUUUUCUUAUGGAGGUUGUCCUCAAUGGCCAGUGUAUGAAGAGAGCUGGCUAUUUGAUUGAACUCAUCAUCAAAGAAAAAACAAACAGGGUGUGAUUCAUGAACUUGUUAGUGGAAACACGGUGAAUAUUCAUGGAUUUAUUCAUGAUUGAUUGUGAUUGUAUUAUUCCCAGCUUUGUUAAAGAAAGGCUGCUGUCAUCAAAACUUCCAGCUGUGGAACUCUGACGAGUACAGAUCUGGAACUCUAAUAUGGUAGUCAACUUUGUAUACAUUUUGUACAAAAAUAUUCUUUUUUUAACAGAAAUAAACAUUUUGUAUAUGAUUAAUAAAGAAGACAUCUAAAGUA